AUGGGCUAUAUCCUCAAGGUAUGCCGAAUGAUCAUGUGCAUCCUUGUCGAUUCCCAUAUCCCAACGGCAGAUGAGAACUCAAGCCCAAUCUACACGCUGCAGACCACUGAACCCAACGCCCAGUUUGUGUUCGCCCCACCUUGGUUCGAGUCCGGUGUGGAGCAUCGAUUCAUCAUGGACACAGGAAGCAGCGAAUCUAUCCUACCGAAAUCAGCACUCACUGCGAUUUGUCAUAAUGCUGUUCUAGCCCCGACUUCUGUGCGCAUCCAUGGGGUUACUGGCCAUCAUUUGCAAUUACUUGUCGAAACGAUGUUGUGCGUUCAAUCUGAAUCCGGUGUGUCAAUCCCAAUCCGAUUCCUGGUAUUAGCCCACAGUCCGUCUAUUCUGGGCCUGCGAGCAAUGCGGCUACUACAAGGAUCAAUCACACUACAUACCAACGACGAUAUGCCAAUCACCUCACAUCUUCAAAAUUUGAUUGUGCAGUGUUCGGGUAACGUUGGUAGUAUGAAAUCACCGUCAGUAAAGUUGGAAGUAGACGGCGAACCUAUUUUCCUAAAACGACGCGUUCUGCAUACGGUCAACGGGAGGGUAUCUUGA